UAAGUUUUAUUUUACUCUAAGAAUAAGUUGUGUGUAAACCUCAGAGCCAGACGAACUAAUUUGAUCACUCUACUAAUUUGUAUCAGUCGUACUACAGCCCCCGCCAUCAUUAAUUAUGAAAUAGUCCAGCACCUUUGAUGACGCAGUGAGUUAACAUGCCAUGGUCAUGUGUAAACUUGAACGUGAGGGCAGGAAAUAGCGCGCGCCUCUGUCAGUGGCACAUCGUGCUCUUAACAGGGAAGUGAGUGUAACCCACUUUCUACCCUGACUGCGUCCUGUGUGAACUGCUCCGAGAAGAAGUCAAAUACUCCCGUGGCUUCAACGACGACGAUUAUUCGCCUUUUUUAACAACAGAGCCGGAGUUCAAGUGAGUGAUGGAGGCAGGAAAUUAUCUGUAGGAUACUCAGACUCCUGGACUUCUUAUGAGACAGAGAAGGAGGAGGAAGAGGCGACGGACCAACAUUUGUCAAUGUUUUGAAAGCUGUGUUUGACUUCAGUUCUGCUUCAACAUGGCUCAGUGGAUGCAUAUGUCUCAGAUGAUCUUGUGCCUACCUGAUGACACUAUCAACAACCUCUAUCCCCCGUCUGCCUUCCCCAUAGAAGUCAGACAGUUUUUAGCCGAAUGGAUUGAAGGCCAAAGAUGGGAGGAAUUUUCAUUGGAAAACAUGGAGCAGGAGAGCCAGGCUCAGGCUCUGUUGGACCAGGGCAUCAACCUGCUGCGAAGCAUCGCCCAGCAGAAUGCUAAUGUGGUGUACAGGAUGAAGCUGAUGCAGAUCAGCAGGAACAUGGCCAUGUUUCAGCAGCAGCCUUUACAGUUUGCAGUGAUGGUCAGAGACAUCCUCAGGAAGGAGAGGAUCCUACUCGCCACGCCCACCUCAAUGCCCAUGCCAAACCCUCCACAAUACCAGCAGUACCCAAACAGAGAUUCCUCUUUCCCCAUGCAAGAUGUGGAGCACCUGGGCAUGAAGGUUCUGGAGGUCCAAGACAUCCGACAGAAGAUUCACCAGCAGCAGGAGGAUCUCAACUGGGAGAGGCAGAACUACGAGAGUUUACAAGGGCCAAUCCAACAGAAUGGACUUGAUCCUGCAAAUUCAGAAAAGCAGAAAAUUCAGACCCGCAUUCAGCAGCUGGAGUACAAUGUCAAAGUUAUGGCCACGAAGCGCUUCCAGCUGCUGCAGGAGUGUGUGGACUGUCUGGACCAGUGUCAAAGCAGACUCAUCAACAAGCUAAAGUCGUGGAGAUGGGAGCAGCACAAGGCCACCAUCGGACAUCCCUUUGACGACAACCUGAACCCCCUGCAGAUCUGGUGUGAGCAGCUGCUUGGAGUGAAUGGGAAACUGAGACAGGAAUUGAUGCUGAUAGGAGAGCCGAUCCCAGAGCUCCAUGACAGACUUGGGAAACUUGUGCAGAUUCUAAUUCAAAGCUCUCUUGUGGUGGACAAACAGCCCCCUCAGGUCAUUAAAACUCAGUCAAAGUUCUCCACCACUGUGCGAUAUUUGCUUGGGGAGAAAGUUGCCCCUGGGAAGCCCGUGGUGCUGAAGGCACAGAUCAUUAAUGAGCUGCAGGCCAGGAACCUUGGUGGCAUAACCGGGGAAAAUGUCGGGGAACUAAUCAACAACUCGGCUGUCCUGGAACACAACACAGCCAGCAAGAGCACGUGUGCCACCUUCAGGAACAUGUCCAUCAAAAAGAUCAAAAGAGCAGACAGAAAAGGAUCAGAAUCAGUGACGGAGGAGAAGUUUGCUCUCCUGUUCUCCACAGAGAUCUCCAUCACCGGUUGCGACACUCCCUACAGGAUACAGAUGAUCUCUUUACCCGUCGUCGUCAUUGUUCACGGUAGUCAAGACAACAACGCUCUGGCCACCAUCAUAUGGGACUGCGCCUUUUCUGAAUCAGAAAGGAUGCCAUUUGUGGUGCCGGAGCGGGUGCCCUGGAGGAUGAUGUGCAGCACCCUCAACAGUAAAUUCACCUCUGAAGUUCAGACACAGCAUAACUUAGAUGACUACAACCAGCUCUUCUUGGCACAGAAGAUUUUCAACAAGCCUGACUUUGCAGACGACUUCAGCAACUUGUUGGUGUCCUGGGCUCAGUUUAAUAAGGAGGUCCUGCCGGGGCGACCGUUCACUUUCUGGCAAUGGUUUGAGGGAGUUAUGGAGCUGACCAAGAAGCACCUGAAGGCCUACUGGAGCGAGGGGCUGAUAUUUGGCUUCAUUGGGAAGCAACAUCUACACCUAAUUCUCCAAGACAGGCCCAACGGGACGUUCCUGCUUCGCUUUAGUGACUCUGAGAUCGGAGGCAUCACCAUCGCAUACGUAUCUGCGAGUGAGAAUGGGGGACAGAAAAUCCAAAACAUCCAGCCCUUCACCAAGAGAGAUCUUGAGAUCCGGAGCCUUGGUGACCGCAUCCGAGAUAUUGGCCACAUAACACACCUCUAUCCUGAAUAUCCUAAAGAUGAAGUUUUCAGAAAGUUCUACUCAGAGCCUCAAGCAUCACCCAGUAGUGGUUACAUUCCUGUGUCUCUCCACACCAAAGUUGGCCCGGAAGCUGUAUCGACCUCGCCCCCUAUACCUCUCGCUGAAAGCCCUCACAGUAACGUCUUCUCAGUGCAUCAGUUCCAGCAGCCGUUUAGCCCACAAGAGUCCAUUAGUCAGGACAUAAUGGAACCUGCAUCUGCUCCUGCUGUGGAGUUCAACCCAAACCCUCCUGUUGUCUACUCUAAUCCCAUUGAUACAUCUAACAACAUGGAACUAGAUUUGGACUCUAUUCUUAACAGUCCUCUGAGUAAUUCACUUUUCUCCGAGCAAUGAAAAAGGAAGUCCAGAGGAGACGUUAAACAGCGACCAAUGCCAAACUGAUGUGUCAGACCUUCAUGUGGAGAAGCAUGUGCAGAUGUUUUUGUUCCACUUUCAUCAACAGCUCCUUCUACUAAAAUGCCCGUGGAGCUGCUGUUAGCGCAUUGUUGUAUCCUUGUUUUGACGUCUGCCCUCUCUUGCCUGAUUAUACAUUUAUGAUGCUAACUUUUUUAUUUUUAAUGCUAUGCUCCAUGCCUUGGUGCUAAUGUAUAUAUUCCAAAUGCCAUUUUAACCCAUUAAAGCCUGAAACCACAAAUUAUGGCCAGAAAAUUCUCAUCUUUUGGAACUGAAAUGUUUAUUUCACUUUCUACUGAAAUCCAAAAAAUCCAAAUUUCCAUAAAAUCUAACAUAUAUAUUUUUUUGUAUCUCGUUUGAUACAUUAGUUGAUUUUGGUAACUGAUAAUUCACUUGAGGGCAUUUUUAUCAUUUAUCAGAUUAUAUUCAGAUUUUUUUUAGUAAUUUAUUGAUCCUAUUGAUGAGAUAGAUGUAUCAUAAAAGUAUGUAUUAAAUAUGAUACAACAGGCUUUAAGGGGUUAAAACCUUGCUAAACUUCAUAGUGACCUGUUAAACAUGACAGACUGUGCAUGGUAAAUCUGUCCUGAAAUGUUUGUGUGCCUUGUCUGUUCUGUGAUGAUGUGGUGAGGUCUGGGAACAUUAGAGGAUUGAUGAUGACUGUGAAACUACACCGCAUUGACCAACACUUAUGGUGCAGAGUCGGGGGGGGGGGUGUGGUGGAGAUGAUGCUGAUGGGAAAAGCUUUUAUUAUAUUUGUUUACUAAUGGACUCACUUAGGGAAAGUUUCUUUUAUAUGAAAACUUUUUUUUUUUUUUUUUUUUUUUUUACUUAUAUUGGCCAGUAAUUUAAGGCCUUUUCUAAAAUUAUGUAUUAAAUGUAUUUUUUCCUUUUUUAAAUGGCCUAAUUCAAAUUUAUUUUAAAUGCUUUUUUGUCUUUAUUAAGAUAUCAGAAUUUUUCUUGUCUUACUGAAUGGACAGAGCAAUGUUUUGGAAUUGAAUGUGCCUUAGAAAUGGGGGAUAUGUGGUUACUGUCUUAUGGUUAAACAAUUUAAAAGCUUUUGGAUAUAUAGAAAAAAAUGAAUGAGGGCAAUCAAGCGUUACACUUUAGAAAUAUGCAGGAAAUAUAUCUGAAUUAUUAUGACAGUAUAUAAAUAUGGAUUAACUCUUGUUUCAAUGAGGAGCUUUCACUACCAUCACUGUCAGCAUUGUACCUUGAUUAAAUAAUGGUGUGUUUUAUGUGAUGCGCUGCAUGUGUAUAUAGUGGAUGAUAACCUUUAAUAUCUAGGGGAUUAUAGUGGAAAGAUCAUUCCAAGGCUUCUACAGUCAGUGUUUUCCUUUAACAUUAAAAAUAAAAUCUCAGUCUUUACAAAAUAUCUGGAAUGUAAUUCUGAGAUAUUUAUAUCUGUUAAUUGCAUUUCACCAUUGUUUUUCUGCUUAUUGCUCUACAUGAAGGAGUUGGGGUCAACUUCCUUGUGGUUUCAGAGGAAUAGCUUUGAUUGGCUGCUGUUUAUGUGUGGACUAACCUCUGUUUAAGAGCUUUAUUUAUCUGUAGUUUGUCUCAAAGAAAAAAAGACAAGAAGAAUUGGCAACAUGAGAAUUUUUGGAUUUUUUUGACAUAUAAAAAUAAUAAAUCAGUGGCAUUGAGAUUGGGAAAGUAUGCGAGUGCCAAAAAGGCUGUCCAUUGUAUGAAAGCAUAUUGGUGUAUAACAUAUGAUGAUCACUUCCAUAAACCACCAGUCAAAGAGAGGACAUUGCAUCAACUAGCAUAUUAUAUUUAUCCAUCCAGGUUCAGCUAUCAUGAUUUUUUUAAAAAAAGAAAACUUUACACUGUACAUCAAAAAGCUUUUCAAUUGAACACAAAUUCUAAAAAUGUCAAUUCUACUCAACCACUACCAGGGAAAUCACACUGAGAAAAAUAAAAAGGGUUAUGUGAAGGAAGCAGAAUCAGCUUACAAGUCUGGUACAAUAAUUGUCCGGUGAAAUUUGUCAAAAUACUGAAUUGUCUCAUUGACCCAUCCCCUUCUGUCCAUCCCAGCAGCUUUAGAUGUCCCCUCAUUAGAGCAGAACAAGACGGCUGCCAUGUAAACAAAGGGAGGAGGUAGGGUGA